UUCCGAUUUAACUUAAUAAUUUUAAUAUUAAUAUUUUUUCAUAAUUUGAAACCAUGAAGUUGACCUUCAUGAAGCUGGCUUUUCUCUUCGUCAUCUUUUCUGCACUUGUUAUUCAUGAUAUAAAUGCUAGACCUUUGCAUACCAUCAGGUUAACUAGAAGAGAUCGUACUUCCGGAUCUAUGGAUUCAAUGGGUUAUGCGAAACACUUGAGAGAUGCUGCCCUAAAUAAAUAUAAAAAUUCCAAGGAAAUAAUGGAAAAAAGUAGUUCAAAAAAUUUUAACAAUCAUGCUACCUUUAAACAAAGCAAUAAUAAAGCAUACUCGAAGAAGAAACAAAGUACAAUAGAUAUAAAAGACAUACAAUUUGAUGAUGCUUAUUUCGCAGCAAUCCAGAUCGGAAACCAAAAUUUCAAUAUGCUUAUGGAUACCGGGUCUUCAAAUAUCUUUGUUCCAAAUACUAAUUGUACUACUGCAGCUUGCCAAAAUCAUAAUUCAUUUGAUACAAAAAAAUCAAAAACUUUUAAGGAAGAGGGUAAUCCAUGGAAUAUCACUUUUGGCACUGGUGCCGCUUCUGGUGUCACCGGAAUAGAUAAUGUUAAAAUCGGUGAUUUUACUGCCGAAAAACAAAUUUUUGGAUUAGCGGAUAAUUUGUCUGAUGAGUUCGUUAAUCUUGAAUCUGAUGGAAUUUGUGGUUUGGCCUUUGAUAGUCUGAACACUAUGGACAAUCACGCUCCGACUUUAAUAUCAACCCUGAUUAAACAGAAAAAGAUUAAUCCACUCUUUAGUUUUCAUCUUUCUCGUGUUUCAAAUUUCAAUGAUCAAGGAACACUUACCAUAGGUGGUGUUGAUAAUAGCAAAUUCAAAGGGAAAAUUACUUUUAACCGCGUUAUUAAUACUCCCAUAAGUCCUACUGUUAAUACGUUAGCUUUUUGGUUAAUCAAUGUAGAUGAUGCAAGUGUAAAUAAAAAAUCAUUAGCUUUUAAAGGAAGAAACGCUAUCAUCGAUACUGGUACUUCAACAAUUAUAUUGCCCGAUAAUGACGCAGCGGAAAUUCAUAGCCAGAUUCCAGGAGCAACUUUAGAUACUAAGAGCGGUAUGUUCAUUAUCCCAUGUAAUACCACCUCCGCAGUUGCCUUUAAAUUUGGAGGUGUUAAUUUUGAAAUUAAUCCCAAAGACCUAAUUACUGCACCGAUAGAUGGAAGUAAUUGUGUCUCGUCCAUUGUUCCUGGAUUUAAUUUUGAUGGAAAAAAUGUUACUUGGCUUGUUGGUACACCAUUUUUAAAGAAUGUAUAUUCCGUAUUUAGAGUGGAAAAUCCAAGUGUUGGAUUCGCGCAUAAUAAAUAGUCUGUAAAAGUCUUAAAAUCAAAUUAUUAUUUAUAGUGUACAUUAUAUUAUUCUUUAUGUAAUUAGACAUAGAAAUUUUACAUAUCAAUGUAUAAUAUACGUUCAAAAUGAGCGAAAUGAGCGGUAUGCAUUUUCAAUAACUUAAAUAAAUCAAUUGCAUUAAAAAAAAAUUUUGUUCAAACCAUAAAGAAUCGCUCCCCUCCCUUCGGGGAGGGGACCAAGGCAUCGGUGUAUAUGGAGUAUUUAUUAGGUAACCAUGGUUAUCUUCAUUGUGUAUGACGUAUACACCUAUGGAUUUUAUACUUUUUUAUACUUUUUUUAUACCGGUGGAGUAAA